UAUGUCCACAGUCUCUGACCAUCUCCUGUAGUAUGUCUGCAGUCUCUGACUAUCUCCUGUUGCAUGCAUGCAGUCUCUGACCAUCUCCUGCAGCAUGUCUGCAGUCUCUGACCAUCUCCUGUAGUAUGUCUGUAGUCUCUGACCAUUUCCUACAGUAUGUCUGUGUUCUGUCCUCGCUACACAUUUCCCUGCAGAACAGUCUGCAGUCUCUGACAGUUCCUUGUUAUAUAGUUACAUUUACUGCAUAUUAUCUGUGGCCCUUUGGUGAUGUCAGGGACCAUAUUUGAAGCCCUCUACUUCAAGUAAGUUGACCCUCAGCAAUCUAAACUUAUGGUUGAGUUACUG